ACAGUGAACGAGUGAGCACAAAUUGGACUUUAGUAGAGUGCUAACGAUACAAGUAGAAAGGUUGCUGUUCAUAUUAUUUUCGGAUAAAGAAGAAGUGACAAAGAAAAAAGAAGAAAAUGAGUUGUCUUUGGAUGGGGAAUCUGGAGCCGUAUAUGGACGAGAAGUUCAUAUCUCGUGCCUUUGCCACCAUGGGGGAGCUCGUGGUGGGCGUGAGGAUCAUUCGCAACAAGAUGACUUGGGGCGCUGCCGGCUACUGCUUUGUGGAGCUAGCGGACGAGGCGACGGCAGAAAGAUGUCUGCGUAAAAUCAACGGCAAGCCCCUCCCAGGAGCGACACCGCCCAAAAGGUUCAAGCUAAACCGGGCUACAUAUGGGAGACAAGGAGACAACAGAAACAGGGGUGGUCCAGACAAUAGGUAUUCCCAGCCAUACCCUUACAACCACAACCAGUACUAUCAGCAGUACCCAAAUUACUACUCAAACUGGGGCUACGACCAGAACUCAGGUGGCUAUGGCUACAACUACAACCAGUAUGACUACAGCACACAGUCAUACGAAGAGGUUGAGGACGACGGGCUGGAGGACCCCAACACUGAGCUGGAUGUGGCAGAGGCCAACCGGCAGUUCAUGGAGGAGAGCGAGGAGCUGUACGACGCCCUGAUGGACUGCCAUUGGCCACAGCUGGACUCCUCGGACCUCCCCGUCUCCCCGUAGAUCCACGCGUUGGACCAGCCGAGCACGUCUGCUCUGAAAUCGUGUGACUGUCCGUCAUCAGACCCGCUCUGGCUUUCCUAUAGGGGAACUCUGGGAGGAUGGGCCGUGUGCGACGUUAAAGGUCAAAAGGGAUUCGUUUUGAAGCAGGCUAGACUGUAGCUUUGGCACCCCUGGUUGAUGGUGGCCUGGGAGAACCUCCAGUGAAUCAGACCUCACUGUUCCACCACUUUCCAGAAAGGAUGCGUCUUCAAUAUAUGAAUCAUCUUUAGCAUAUUUUCUCUUUUGUUUACUUGCCAUUUUUGGAUUUUUUAUCCCUUCCACCCCCAAUGUGUAUGGGAAACCAUCUUGGUUUUCAAACCAAAGGACACCUAGCCCACCAACUGGCUAAUGUUUUUGUUUGAUGCCCAGCAUUAUAAAAUCCACUUUAUACACACAGAUGAAACAUUCACUGUGGUCUUUGCAAUAGUAUCUUUGACUAGUUAUCUUGUCCUCUCAUCCAUACUGAACUAAAACUGUGGCUGAACAAUGUGUGACCACACAAAAUUAGUCUUUUGUAGUGUACAUACACCAUAGAAAGGCAUAGUUUGUUUCUAUAUGCAUCAUACAUCAUGCAAAAUUAGUUUCAUGCUGAACAUAAAUAUUUAAUGGAGCAUUUGAACAUGUAACUACACAGUUAUGUGUGUUAUGUUUAAUUGUUUUUUCUAUUCAUUAAAUGCAUUCAGUUCAGAUUGAGUGUAGUGCAUUAAGUAUUGGAAACAAAUUUCUGAUGCAGAAACUGAACUGGUUUCGGUGAAGUCAAAACAGCUGCAUCGUUGUCAUUGCUUGCCAUUUCUGCCCUGCUUAUAUAAGGAGAGCUUGAGGUUUGGUUUA